CUGCCGAUUAAAAGCAUAUUUUUUUAAAAUAUUUUAAAAAUUAAUUUACAAUUCUGCGCUAAAUGCCGUUGCUGCUGCUGCUAAUGAAGUGUUAAUAAAAAUCUACGUUUUCUUGAACUAAAAUAAUACACAAAAAACACACUUAUUAAAAAUCAAAUAAAAGCACUUGAAAAUCCAGAAAAUAACAACAAAUAACUAGACUAUUAUACAAAAAAAAAAAAACAAAAAUUUUUUAAUACAUAAAAAUAUAAGUAAAUAAACUAAAGAUUUUAAUAUUGAGAAAUAAAGAAAAUUUUCAACUGACUUCUGACAGUUACAAAAUGAUAGCGAACAAAUAAAGUUGAAAAAUUUAAAGAAAAUAUUUUAAUAAAAAGAAAAAUAAGAUAAAACAUUAAAUUAAAAAAAUAAUAAUAAAACGAAAAAUAUAUAAACAAUAGCUUAAAAAUAUUAAAACAUAAACACAAACAAAAAUAAAUCUACCGAAAAAAUAAAUCAUGUCCGAUUUACAAAUUUUAAACAAUCAAUCGACAACCACCUCCGAUCGUUUUGAAAUUCAAAAUUUCGAUUUAAUACAAAACUAUUCGGUAUUAAUUAAUAAAUUAGAACAGUUGGCAUUAGGUGUUGAUGCCACACUCGAUAAUAUCGCCGUGGAUCAUAAAGCUGUCGAAUUGACAUUGGGCAAGGGUGAUCUGUUGACUGAUUCCAUUACUGCCUCUCGUACCGGUCCACCACAUGUUACUUUAGCUCAUGGCCUAGAGGAAGUAGAAUAUUCGCGUGUGGUCAGUGAUAUAUGGAUAGGUGUGAUCUUAACUUUACUCAUAGUGUCUGUGAUAUUUUUUAUUUGUGCCUGUUUUUUGUAUCACAAAUUUCAACAGUGGAAAAAUUCAUCUUAA